AUGACUGCUGAAGUGACGGAAAUCGAAGAGGAAAUCGUGAGCGCUCAGGAAUUUUGUUUGGACACUGAAGUAAAAUUACAGAAUUUAAAGGAAUUCAGCAAUAAUUUGAAAUGCAGAAUAGACGGUGAAGAGACGCAACAGGACGAAAACACGAAUAAUGCAGCGAACGCGCUAGGAGAGGACAGUCGAUCACGCAUGACAGCUGUUUCUACGGAAUCUACGGAAGCGCAGAGUGGACAAAGACAAUCAGGUACUUCUUUUGCAAAUUCUUUACAAUACCAGAGACUUCCAAAACUAACACUUCCGGUAUUUAGUGGUAAUGUUAUUGAGUGGCAGAGUUUUUGGGACGCUUAUGAAUCUACAGUUCAUCUAAAUCCUAACCUCAGUGAAGUGCAAAAAUUUAAUUACCUCAAGAAUCAGCUAGAGGGCAGUGCAGCUCAAACUAUACAUGGAUUUGCUCUGACAAACGCGAAUUACAUCCAAGCAAUCAAUCUACUGAAAGAAAGGUACGGACAAAAACACAAGAUUGUUCAUACAUACAUGCAGACGUUAUUGAAUAUCCCAGCUCCAAGUUAUACAUUGCACGGCUUGAGAAAUUAUAUAGACAAAUUAGAAUCUUACAUUCGCGGUUUGGAGUCGUUAGGCGAGUGUCAAAGUAACUAUGGGACUUUGUUAGUGCCAGUGAUAAUUGACAAGUUACCAUCAGAAAUUAGAAAGAAUUUAGCGAGAGAACAUGGAAGUGACAAUUGGCAGCUAGACGAAUUACGAAAGGCGUUAUAUCGCGAACUGAAUAUCAUGGAAGCCGGAAAACCUUCUGAGAUCGCAGACGACUAUCCAGCAACAGCCUCAUUUUUCACGAGCGCGCGACAAAGGUCGAAAAAUGGAAGAAGACAGAAAUCAACAAUUUUUCCGCGCAACCAAAAGCAGUGCAUUUAUUGUAGUGAAAAUCACCAUGCCAACGACUGUGUAAAAGUCACAGAUGUAAACAGUCGCAGAGACAUUAUUAAGAAAAAACGUGUAUGUUUUAACUGUUUGAAAUUCCACCAGGUUUCUGAAUGCCGUUCGAACUUUAGAUGUUUGAAAUGUAAAGGCAAACACCACACUAGUAUUUGUAAAAAUGGACCAGAAGCAAGAAUAGACACCGGAAACGGAUGUCAGCCAAUGCCAAGUUUCGCAGCAAGUAGUACCGGAAGUCAGCAAACAGUCGCUUUAUUCAACUCCACAUUUAGCCCAAGACCGGAAGUUUUGUUAAAAACCGCAGUCGCCGAAGUUUACGCAGAAAAUCAGUACGCUCAAGCAAAUAUUUUAUUUGAUGAAGGGGCUCAGUGUUCAUUUAUAUCGGAGAAACUCGCAGAUCAGCUAAACAUCAAACCUUGUGACAACACUGUCGUCAAUCUGGCAGCGUUUGGAGAUUCAUCUCAGAAAGUACGACAUCUGAAGACGGCAACAAUAUAUUUACUUACCGACGACGGCGACAAGAUACCUCUAAAUGUUUUGAUCGUUCCGGUAAUUGCCGUUCCGCUACGUAACAUUCCGCAGUCCGUAACGUCGUUACCGUAUCUCAGACACCUGAAGUUAGCGCAUCCCGUUAUAGACGAUGACAAGUUCGAGAUUUCAUUACUAAUAGGAGCUGACCAUUUUUGGAAAAUAGUGGGAAAUAAGAUAAUUCGAGGAAAUGGUCCUACAGCCGUGAGUUCGAGGGUUGGAUAUUUACUCUCGGGUCCAGUUCCAGUUAGUAAUGUUAUGACUCAGUCCUGCUUCGCACUGAACGUGAUGACUACAGACAUAGAAAAAUUUUGGAAACUAGAAUCUAUUGGAAUCAGCCCCGAAGACGACAGAGAUGUAUGUAAACUAGAAACAUAUCAACAAAACAGUAUUAAGUUCAUUGAUGGAAAAUAUGAAGCAAAACUGCCCUGGAAAGAAGACCACGCCCCACUCCCUACAAACUUAGAAAUGACAAAGAAAAGGACAGAAUCCCUUGUAAGACGGCUCCGCCGAGAACCGAACAUCUUUCAGAAAUAUUCAGAGAUCAUACAAGAUCAAGAGAGGCGAGAUUUUAUUGAGAAAGUGGACGAGAAUGAACAACAACCCGAUCGAAUGCACUAUAUUCCACACCAUGCAGUGAAGAAGGAUUCAGCCACAACGCCUAUACGUAUAGUAUAUGACUGUAGUUGCCAAGAAACAUCACAGAAACCCAGUUUAAACGACUGUUUAGACUCUACCCCACCCACACUGAAUGACCUUUCACAUAUCAUGAUUCGAUUCCGACUUGACAAGUAUGCAGUGUCCACGGAUAUAGAAAAGGCUUUUCUCAAUGUAAGACUGGAUAAAGAAGAUAGAGAUAUGACCAGAUUCCUGUGGCUGAGUGACCCAGGUAACCCAGACAGUCCAUUCACGACAUACAGGUUCAAAUCCGUACUCUUCGGUGCCACGUGUUCACCAUUCAUCUUAAAUGCCACAUUACUCAAGCAUCUAGAAAACAACGCUUCUAGUUGGGUCAGCAGAUUUCUUAAACGGGACUUGUAUGUGGACAAUAUAAUAUCAAGUUUUUCAACAGAAGAAGAAGUUUUGAAGUUUUUCCGAGAAACAAGAGAUUUGAUGCUUAACGGAGGAUUUAACCUGAUGUCCUGGGCAUCAAAUAGUCAACAGCUAAGAUCAGCUGCUUCAGCAGAAGGUGUUCUUGACACCGGCGAGAUUACAAAGGUUCUAGGCAUGCUUUGGCUCACCGUCACAGACGAGAUAUCUUACCCGAAUAAGGAACUUCCUGUAAUACCGGAUAUGACAAAACGUGCUAUUCUACAAUACACAUCGAGAAUAUACGAUCCACUUGGUUUACUAAAUCCAGUCUUAGUACGUGCAAAGAUUCUUCUUCAAGAUCUGUGGAAAGAGAAAUAUCCAUGGGAUACAAUUCUACCACAGCCAAUUCAGAAGAAAUGGUUUCAACUUGCACGCGAUAUAAACAAUGUAACGGAAGUUAAAUUUUCACGCCUUAUCUUCAAAUCAUCUGAAGCAGACGACAACACUCUACAUGUAUUUGUUGACUCGAGUAUUCAAGCCUAUGGUACAGCAGCUUACCUGUGCAGAGGAAAUGAAUCCAGACUUAUCAUGGCGAAGUCACGUGUCGCGCCCUUAAAGAAACUUACCUUACCGAAGUUAGAGCUGAUGGCUGCUGUAAUAGGAGCCCGUUUAGCCAAACACCUACUAGAAGCCAUAGAUGUACAAAACGUCACAUUUUGGUCGGACAGUCAAAUUGUAUUGCACUGGCUAAACACUUCAAGACCUACAUCAAGAUUUGUUCAGAACCGAGUAAAUGAGAUUAGAGAGCUAGCACACAACCGGAAAUGGAAUUAUUGUCCUACACGAGAGAACCCGGCAGAUCUGUUAACACGAGGCGUAACGGCAACACAAUUCAAAGAAAACAGAUUAUGGUUUAGCGGUCCAAACUGGUUACCCAACACAAGUCAAUGGCCUCAAUGGAAGCUUUCCGAAACUAUCACCAUGGCAACCAUUAACGAUGAAACAGCUCAGCAGACGACAGAUUUAUCAACCAUUUCAGAAGAAGGUUUACACGAGAUCAUAGAUAUCGCCAGAUAUAGCAGCUACAGGAAGUUGGUUCGAGUCACGACGUACAUACUGAGAUUUAUCCACAACUGCCGUGUUAGUAAGGACAGCAGACGACACGAUCCAUUAUCCGUCAUAGAGCUACAAACUGCAGCAUCCAGAUGGCUACAGAACGUUCAGCAAUCUACAUUUCCAAGCGAAAUAGCCAACAUAAAGUCCAGUGAGAAGUCUCUAAAAAGACUACCCAUUGUGAGACAAUUGAAGUUAUUUAUUGACAAAGAAGGAUAUAUACGAUGUGGUGGAAGAAUACAGAACGCACCGUUAAACGAAGCCACUAAAUACCCAUACCUGCUACCUACCAAACACCCAUUAACACGGUUAAUUAUCCUAGACGUCCACCAACACCAACUGCAUUCUGGGGUAAAUACUACUAUAACAUACUUGCGCCAGAAGUAUUGGAUACCUUCGAUUCGCAGAUGUGUCAAGACAGAACUACGCAGAUGCAUUACCUGCAACAAAGUGAAUGGAAAAUCGUACAAAGCCCCAGAUCCCCCACCCCUACCGAAAUAUCGUCUUGAAGACAGUCCUCCAUUUACAGUAACUGGAGUAGAUUUUACAGGUGCAUUACACGUUAAAGAUCGUCAUGGAAACCAGGAGAAAGCUCAUAUAUGUCUUUUCACUUGCGCCUCUACACGAGCUUUACACCUAGAAGUUGUUCAGAAUUUAACAGAAAAAUCAUUUCUACAGGCGUUUAGAAGAUUUUGCAGUAGAAAGUCAUUACCACGUAUAAUGGUUUCUGAUAACGCAGCAACGUUCCAGUCUACAUCAAGAUAUAUACGUCAGCUGUUUGAAUCCCAGAGCGUACGAGAAACUCUAAGUCAGGAAGGUACACAGUGGUAUUUCAUCCCGACGAGAGCUCCCUGGUACGGCGGAUGGUGGGAGCGCUUAAUAGGAAUUACCAAAAAUACUCUAAAGAAAGUUCUAGGUCGCAGAUUUAUUACGUUAGAGGAACUCCAGACGACAACCACCGAGGUAGAAGCGAUACUCAAUGAUCGGCCAAUUACCUAUGUAUCAUCCGAUGUCUCGGACCCAGUACCUUUGACUCCAUCGCACCUGUUAUAUGGUCGGCAAGUGACGUACCUCCCAUCACAAAAUGUUCCAGUUGAAACGUUAUCAGAUUCAACGGCUGGCAGCCGUUCCAGUCUUACCAAAAGAGCCAGGGUACAGAAACAACUAAUUGAUCAUUUCCGGGAACGUUGGCGACAUGAAUACCUGACGGCCUUACGUGAAUACCACCGAGUGACGGGAAACAACCAACAGAAGAUCUCACCUGGUGACGUUGUUCAAAUCCAUGAAGAUACACCACGUGCGCGGUGGAGAUUAGGUGUUAUUCAGGAACUCGUUUACGGGAAAGAUGGACUUGUACGUGCCGCGAAAGUUAAAUCAAACAAUGGAACUUUAGUGAGACCGAUUGUUAAACUUUAUCCUUUAGAAACAAAGUGA